AUGCUCUUCUCUAACAAAACUCGAACUGCAGGUGCAGACUGGGUGACGGAUCUGUAUGUCGAACCGCAAUGCAACUACCUUGUUGCACAGAUCACAGUCCCUGAGAGCAAAGCCGUCAGUGGCACAGAGGUGCAGAUCCAGGGAAUGCGGAUUGCCAACAUGGGCGAGCUCGACAAGUAUACCUGGAUGGCACCCCUUGAUGGCGAGUAUAAUGUCUUCUUGCAAGAGUCUGGAGCGUUGCACAAGAGUAGACUUCUCUCUGUCACGGUGACCUAUGACAAGAACGUCAGUCUGGAAGGUGGAUUUGUCUUCCACAAAGCACGCUCAACGGCCUCGAAAGGUUUCAAUGUGAUUUGGUUCCAGCCCAUCAGCCCGCCGCUCCCAGAUGGAUCCAAUGUCCAGGUCACGGUCUCGAUUUCCAAUCCGUCUUCCUCGACCUACGAAACGGGCAGCAUCAACGUAAAUAUGUCCGUCGCGGACGUCCCCGCAGCCACUUGUCCCAUACAAGACGUCCUCUUGCAGCCCGGUGAUAAUGUCUUCCCCAUGAUUGCCACCGUGAACCAGGCUACGAUCAAGGAGCCUGUGCUGGGACCUUACAAGUCAGGAAUCAUCCCGGCUGACGUAGUUGCGACCUAG